AUGGUGAGUAAGGAGCCCAGCAAAUGCUUACUCACCACGUCGGAAAGCGAAGUUGAGCCAGCGGCUUCGCUCGCUCUGGAGAUGAAAUACGCACUGGAUCCCAACCGGCAGAUUAAGAAACGAAACAAAGCCCUCCAGGUGAGAUUUAAAGAUAUCUGCGAGGCCCAGAACGAGCAGAGGGACAAAGAGCUGUCCACCACCCAGGAUCCCGACAAGAGAGAAGCCAAGCCCAUUUCCUACAAAACGGCUUAUCGCAAGUACAUGACAGUGCCUGCCCGGAGGUCAAUACCCAAUGUCACCAAGAGCACAGGAGUUCAGACUUCACCCGAUCUUAAAAAGUGUUACCAGACCUUUCCUCUGGACCGGAAAAAAGGGAAUAUUCUUAAAAGCGCCUCGACUGUCGACACCUUUAAGAGUCAGAACAACGGGUUUCUAAUAGACGUUAAGGACAAAGACGGCAGAAGCCCCGGGGAGGCCGUCCAGUGGGGCAAGAAGGCCGGCAGCCUGCAGACGGCGGAGUUCAUUUCCCACAUCAACGAGCGUGCCAACGCGGGAUCUCGCGACAGCGGGGCCGAGGCCUGGAAAAGCAGCGAUUUGCACAGCUCUCCCAAAGAGCCGCCUCCUCCUCUCCCAAACUCGGCCGACCCCGCUUCAGAGGAGCCCGCCGCCGACCGGCCGCCCAGCCGAGGGAAACAGGCGGCGGGGCGGCCGGGGAGCGAGGAGGCCACCCAGCCCCUCCACGGGAGGGUCUUCAAGACUGAAGUGGCCACUGUUUAUUUGCCAGCGGCUGGUUCAAACGCCUCGCAGCCCGACCUGCCAAGUCUCACAGCCGAGACCGACUGGUCACCGUGCCCGACGGCCGAGGAGGACAAAAAGAGGACUGUGCACCUGAACGGUGUUCAGCCCCAGGCGGGAGAUGCUCGAGCCUGCCCGUCGCGGGUGCAGUGCCAAGCCACCGAAUGUAACGAACAGACCCUUCAGAUAAACGUUUCACCUAUGGAGGAGAACCAGCCUUGCCAGACGGCCGUCGCGGUGAGCGAGGAAUGCCAACAAAUCGUGCCUCACACGGAAGUUGUGGACUUGAAAGCGCAGCUUCAGAUGAUGGAAAAUUUGAUCAGUUCUAGUCAGGAAACCAUAAAAGUGUUGUUGGGUGUUAUACAGGAGCUAGAGAAAGGAGAAGCUCACAGAGAAGGGCUUUCAUAUCGGACUGGUCAAGACACGGCUAAUUGCGACACAUGCAGGAACAGUGCAUGUAUUAUCUAUAGUGUGGAAUUGGAUUUUAAACAGCAAGAAGAUAAACUACAGCCAGUUUUGAGAAAACUUCAUCCUAUUGAGGAAACUCAGGUUGCACCUUUGCCUUAUUCUCAGGAGAGCUACUCCUCCACUCCCAAGCAAAAAUCCAAAACUGAAUCAAAAAAGCAUGGAAGAUGGAAACUCUGGUUCCUUUAA